AUGGCUGAGAAGGCUGCCGCCACCGCUGCUGAGCAUCAUGAUGAUGAGCACUUUGCAUCGGGAGAAUCUGGCGCCGCUGCUACUUUCCCAAAGCAGUGCUCAGCUCUUCGCAAGAACGAGCAUGUCAUGAUUAAAGGUCGCCCUUGCAAGAUUGUCGAAAUGAGUACCUCGAAAACUGGUAAACACGGCCACGCCAAGGUACAUCUUGUUGCUCUCGACAUCUUUACCAACAAGAAACUUGAGGAUAUCUGCCCAUCCACCCACAACAUGGACGUUCCUGUAGUCAAGCGCCGUGAAUUCAUUGUAAGUUGA